AAUUCAUGCAGUUGUUUAUUCAUUCAUAUACAUUUCAAUGCUUUGUCUUUCAAAUGUUCAGAAGUGAAAGGCGUUUGGGUGUUUCUCAGUAACAUAAUAUAAUGACGCCAAAUGAAUAUAUACCAAUUUUUAAAACCCCCAUGCAGUUUCAUAAGCGUUUCGACUGGAGGCGCCAACAACACACGUGCUUGCUCUUCUGUAAGACACGACGAGCGACUUCCGUAAGUCACAUUCUGUCAGCUCAGCUGUUAUCGGCGCUUUCUGUUUGGAAUGUUCGAUGGUGACAAUUCUUCAGCGCAGAGCUUUAUCGUGUGUGUAAUUGAGUAUUGGUACUCUCAAAAAGAGUUAAAUCAUGUCUGAUUCUGACAUCAGUGCUAUUCUUGAAGAGGACUCUUCAGAGUCGGGUAACUGUAGCAAAGUUUGUUGUUGUUUUAGGGUGCCUGUGGGCGCCAAACCACCGCCGUGUUCAUGUCCAUUUUCCGUGACCGUGGAGCCCGUGAUGUUCCUAUCCACGUUCUCCAUAGCUCUCCAAAUGCCUCUGUACACGCAGUACCUGUGGGAUCGUAUCAGUGAAGAUGUAGGUUACAAUAGAACAAAGGGAGCAGGAUGCAAUGCAUCGACUGCCUACGACCCUCUGCAGAAGGAAGUGGAGACUCUGACUGCCCACUGGAACCUCUACAUCAAUUUGGGUGGAUUUCUAGUUGGCCUGAUUUUGGUCACCCUGCUGGGCUCAUGGAGUGACCGUGCAGGUCGGCGUCUGGUUCUGAUCAUCCCAUCCUUAGGUAUGGCUGUUCAGGCAGCCAUAUAUCUGAUUGUAAUGUAUUUAAAGCUGCCUGUCUACUGGUUCCUCAUUGGACGCAUUUGCAGCGGCCUCUCUGGAGACUUCAAUGCCAUUUUAGCUGGUUGCUUUGCUUAUGUGGCCGACAUCAGUGGCAGGGGCUCUCGCACCUUUCGGGUGGCAAUACUAGAGGCGUGUUUGGGAUUGGCUGGCAUGUUUGUGAGCAUCAUAGGAGGGCAGUGGCGACGGGCACAAGGGUAUAUCAACCCUUUCUGGCUUGUUCUGGCCACAAAUCUUGCAGCAGCCCUCUACGCAUACCUCUUUGUGCCUGAAUCGGUCACGCCUGACCCCGAGGCAAAACUUCUAUCCACUAGGCACCAUCGGGCUGUCUACCGCCUCUAUAAAUCUGAUGCACCGCAGGGACGCAGAACUAAACUCUGGCUCUAUACUCUCUGCUUCUUUUUGGUGGUGUCUGUACAUUUCGGCUGCAGAGACCUUUAUGUGCUCUAUGAGUUGAGCUCUCCACUAUGCUGGGGUCCAGAGCUGGUUGGUUAUGGUUCUGCAGCCCUUCAUCUGGCAUAUGGGACCAGCCUUAUCGGGCUGAGGUCCAUGCAGUGCUGCAUGGAGGACUCCUGGGUGGCUCUGGUGGGUCUUGCCUCCAAUUUUGCCGGCUUGAUUGCGAUUUCAGUCGCUAACACCACAGCUCUGAUGUUCACAGGAUAUGGCCUGUGUUUCCUCUUUAUGGCCUCUACACCAGUCCUGAGAUCUAAACUGUCCAAGUUGGUGGACCCUUCAGAACAAGGGGCUCUGUUUGCUUCAGUGGCGUGUGUGGAAGGUCUGUGCUCACUAGUAUCUAGUGGGGUUUUUAACUCCCUGUACCCUGCCACCUUACUCUUCAUGAAAGGUUUCCCCUUCCUUUUGGGGGCCAUUAUCCUCCUCAUUCCAGCUGGAAUUAUUGGGGGCUUGGGUUGCCAGGAGAUGAGGAACAAAGAAGGCUCAAGACAGUGAUUCUGUUUGAGCUGUGCACAACAGCAAAGACCUAGUGUCUGAAAGUCCCAGACUAUGGCAGGAUUUUCAGCACAGCUGGGAUUUUAAUUGAACAAAGCUGACUGCCAUUAUAGAGUCUAUGCGCAAUCCGCGAUACCGUGCGUGUGGAAAACAUUUAUGUUGAACUUUUUUUUUUUUUUUUUUAAGUCAAGUCAGUUUUUUUUUUUUUUUUUUUAUAUAAUAUUUUUCAAAUUAUGGUCUUAUUUCUUUAAAUCUUUUGUUAAUGUUUUAAUAAGUUUUAAAUUAAAUGUGAAAGUGGUAAGGCACAUAAACAUAUGAAUAGUGUUCAGUUAGAAUUUCCUUAUUUUGAAGGGCAGUUUAAUCCACUUUUAGAUUAUAAUGGUGAUGAAUUGAUUUUUACCAUGUCAAACUCAUCAGAUUCAAACAUCAGCAGUAUUGACUGAACAAUUAAGAGGAAUAUGGUUCCCUGUGUCGACGUUCCUAUGUGAAGACUGUUUACUUGACAGCCAUAUUGCAAGCUCAGGGAAAUUGAUCACAGCCUAACCCACAUGUGUCACUGGUAUACCAGAGACAGUCGGUCACAGUAUUGUUGAAUUUAAAGUCUUCCUCAUAUGAAAUGUUUCAGAAAUGUUAAAACUGCCAAGUAAGUGAGAAUUAUGUGGAUGUGAGUGGAGACUUUGUAUUCUAUCAGUAUUCUAAUGAAAAGAGAAACUAAAAUCUAAUGCUUCCUCUUAGUCUAAAAGUGUUUUUAAACAAGAAUAUUUUCUUCCACUGCAACACACACAUUUUUGUGAAUCUAAUUUGGAAAAUAAAGGGAUCUUUUCCAAAACACA